AUGAGAGUUGUUUCAUUUGUAAACCAUUUAGAGCUUGAAUUUGAGGGGAAUAUUAAUAAGAAUGCGAUAUGCCUUGGUGAUGUGGACAAUGAUGGACAAAAUGAACUUAUCGUUGGGAAUGAAAAUGGUGUUCUUGCAGUCUUUAAAGGAGAGAGUUCUCGUCCAGUUCGUGUAGGAACAGAUCUUGGGAUGGUGACAGCUAUAGCAGUUGGGGAUGUAUUUAACACAGGACUUAAUGUGUUGGUAGUGGUCACUGGCUGUGGUUAUUGUUACAUAUAUGACUUUGAGGAUGAUCACCUUGGAGAAUCAACAGAAAAGAAAGUGCUGCAACCAGUUCAUGCUCAGCGUAUCCCUUCCAAUGUAAAAGUAAUGUUAAUUGGUGAUGUAAAUGGUGAUGGGUUUUCAGAGAUGGUUGUUGCUCUCACAGAUCGUGUUGUUCGUACAUACAGGUGGGUAAAUUCAGGUGAUGUUGUCGGGGGGAAGCCUUAUGGUAAAUUGAUUGGUCUUAAUAAAUGGGAACUAGGUGAUCAAAUUGGAAGCAUCACAUUUAAUAAGUGUAAAGAUGGAAGUCCAUCACUUCUAGUAGCACAGCCUGGUGGUACUUACUUUACUCUGAAAGUACAACCUGCUGGCCAGGAUAGUGAAUUAGAUCCAUUUGAUGAGCAGUCAUCUGAAUUGCUGACCAAAAUGUCCCUCGAUUAUGAGCCACUGGCAUCAGCCAGACUCCGUAAUCCCAACAUUCACACAGAGAUUUGUGGCAAUAUCAGGUUGGGCAAAGUUAGACCCAGUUCUUAUAGUAGUGAAGGGGAUGCUAAUGAAAGUGUAAAGGGUGAUGCCCUUCAGUCAAACAGUGAAGGAGCUGAAGCAGCUACUUAUAAAAUGCCUAAAAACUUAGAGCCCAGGCAAGUUCGGUCUAGCACAGACACUGACGAAGAGUCUUAUGAUGUGUGUCUGAACCCAAGGCCAUCUGUUGGAGCAGGUUGUGAGUCUAUUGAAGGAGGGGCUGGUUUGGCAUCUGCCUAUGCAUUGGCUACUUUGGAUGGUACUUUGAUACUGGUUUAUGAUGGAAAAAUUCAGUGGAACUUGCAAGUCGACCAUCAACUUUUUGCUGUCUGUGCACUAGAUGUUACUGAUAAUGGCAAGGAUGAAGUUGUAGCCUGUGCCUGGGAUGGAAACACCUACAUUGUCUGCCAGAACACUGAUUGUGUUCGUUUCACCUUCCAUGAACCUGUUAGUGCAUUCACAGCAGGUUUAUACGGUCUUCGAGGAAAACAGGUACCAUGUCUAGUGUAUGCUACUUUCAACAACCAUAUUUACCUUUAUCAUGACAUCACCUUGGCCCCUGUGGUCACUACAACAAUUACAGAAAUUUUAAAGAAGGAACACAAGUACCAGCAGCUGUUAGAGACGAUUGGUGCUAGUGCCAAUGAUACAGCAAAGCUCAGAGAACUAAAUCAUUUCUUAUUGUAUGGAAAACUUGAGUAAUAAGUAUUACUAUGUUACCUAAAGGAUUUGUUUGUGCCAUAACUAUUAUAUAAAGGAUGCAAGUAUUAGCUUUGAUUGUAUGGUAUAAACUUUUACUUAGAUUGCAAAAGCAGUGAAAAGGGCAAAUAUCAAGAAGUUAUAAUUGAGUAAAGUACAAAACCUAUACUUUGUAUGAACUUUUUUAAGAGCUGCAGAUAUUAUUUCAUUGAUAUGUCUUGAUGAAUAAAUUAAGUCCUAUAAGCGUGUUCAUUUAUGUAAGAGAAAUGUUUCUGUUAUUUGUCUGCCUCUGACAAGAAUACUUCUCUGCUACCCUCAGUAUCUAUGUCUGUCGGAGUUGGUUUCUGUUACACUCUAGUUAGAAUUUAUGAAGACUGUGUUUGCUUCAGGGACCAUGUUUGACAAGCACAGUGGGGGAAGUAUAGAGGUGAAACUUGUUGUCAGAGAUAUUGUGGGAAAUUUUCAUCUUGUACUUUAAAACAUGUUACAGUUCUUUUACAGUAUCACUAUAUAAAGUUGGAUACAUUUAAUCCUUGAGAUUGUGAUGAGCUAUAUUUCUUCAUCAGUUCUUAUACAGGUACCUAUUUUGUACAUAACUUUUCACUUUGUUUUAGGAUAUCACCAUCUUAUCAGUGGUGGUUUAUUCUCCCAACAGGCUGAAACAGCUAGUCAAAUUCCACUAUGUUUGUUGUUACCCAAUUCUAAUCUUAUAAUAUUUGUCUAGCUGUAUCCUGUGAAGUAACUCGAGAAAUUCAUUAUGACUCAUUAAGUAAAUAUUGUAUAUACAGUAGUUUUGUCUAAGCUAUUUAAGUAAAAUAAAUAUAAAAAUUUAAA